UGUUCUCGUGCCAAACUUGUCCGCUGUGACGUACCUAUCUUUCUAACCCAAGAGAAGCAGUGCUCGAGACGAAAUGAUAUCUGUACUGCUACUGGUAUUCCUAGUCGAGCUCGGUGUUCACCUUGUGAAUACUGUCGGCGCCGCGACAAUAAAUAAUCUAUUAUGGAACCUAUAUCUAGCUUUCCCGACCGAGAUCUCAAAGCAGGCGGCGGAAAAGAAGACGCUGCAAAAGGAAUAUCUUACGAUCCGUCGCGACCUGAAUGCUACGAGCAGUCAGGACCAGUUUGCGAAAUGGGCGAAGCUCCGACGGCAACACGAUAAGCUGAUGGAACAGCUGGAGAAGAUGAAAGCCUCGCACGAAAGCGCCAAAUCAAAAUUCGACAGUACCGUCAACAUUCUACGUUGGUUAGCGACAUCGGGGUUGAAGUUCCUCCUCCCUUUCUGGUACGCAAAGCAGCCCAUGUUCUGGCUCCCGCACGGCUGGUUCCCAUACUACGCCGAGUGGAUUUUGUCCUUCCCACGAGCCCCCCUGGGUAGCGUUAGUAUCGCAUCGUGGCAGGUAGCCUGUGCCGGGAUAGUCUCGUUGGUGAGCGAUACCGUUACAGCGAUUCUAGGAUUGGCACUAGGUGCAAACAUCGCAGAGCAACAACCAGUCAAGGUGACCGCAGAGAAGGGUCCCGUACCAAAGUCACAAGGAGCAAAGGCUAAGAAGGAUUCAUGAUUAUCCGGGAUACAUAAAGGUUAUGUUAUGUUACGUUACGUUACGUUGCGUAUGGGCUAGGUAUUGCUUAAUCGACUAAUAGAUAUGGGAUAUGUCUCUCAUCUAAAAUUUGACGCAGAGUUUUUCAUCGCAGAAUGCUAGGAACUCUGUAACACGAUUGAGAUGACUCUUGGCAGAGUACUUUGGGUCGCUCUAGGCAGCAUAUUGACUCUGACGACCAUGGAGGAAAAGAUCGUUAAAGCUUCGAAAGUGCCAUUAAUAAUACAUCAUGGUUCUCUUACCUUGAAUGAGCAUAUAUAAAGAUGCAAGUUUGAAGACAUAGUUGUCCUGAUUACUCGCAUCUUCUAAACCAAUAUGAUAAACGAUAUGCAGCAUAUAAUACCGCAUCAUCCACCGUCAUAGGUCUAAUCCUCAAAUCCAGUUUAGAUGCGCUCUUGUGACUCGCACGUUCUGUAUCAU